AUGGAUUUCACAGAUUCUGAUGAUACACAAGCACCGGAGGAUUCGCAGUUUUUAGAGACGCAGUUGGAUUUCAGUUGUCCACCACAGUUUGCUCCAGAGUGUAACACUUUCAAAUGGAAAGUGCAAAUCAGAGAUGCAAAUGGAGAAAUAGAAGAACAAACGUUGACAACAAAAGAAGUUUGGAAACUGCAAAACCGUAGAGUGAUAGUUCAUUUUGAUGAAGAUUGUGGCCAGCCUGAUGAAGAUUCUGGAGGUUUAUUGGGGUCUUGGUUAGGUCAGUUGAGCAAUGAUGUUAAUUUGUUGCCAAUUGACUAUGCCGAUUGGAGGGUAUUUGCUCCUCACAGGAAGGACAAAGCCUGGGACAUUAUUCUGACAAAAUUCUGGUUUGAUAACCCGGACACAAAAAAGAACUAUGUUCUAAGUGUAUUAGGGAGCAGAUGUAAGGAUUUUAAAGUUCGUCUCUGGAAGAUGUACAAACGGAGUGACCGUACUGAAACAGUUCUGAAUCGUCCUGCCAUGGUUCCGGAAGAUCAGUGGAAUGGUUUUGUUUUCUUUAGAUUCACUGAAAAAUGGAAGAAAAUGCGUGAACGAAAUAUCAAUAACCAGAAAAAGAAUACUUUGCCACAUGUCUGCGGAAGAAAGAGUUUUGCAAGGAAGCGACGCAACAUUAAAGACCAAACAAGAAGAACACCAUGCAGAGCAGAAUUUUUCAUUGCAAGCCGUAAGAAGUCUGAUGGAACUUUUGUUUGUGAAGAAGCAAAGAGUCGUGCGGAUGAACUCACACUUUUGAUGAGUGAAAAUCUUUCAGUUGAAAGAUCAAAUAUCACUGCAAGUUUAGACGAUGAAUAUUCCAAAGUUUUUGGACCAGAGCGAUCAGGACGAGUCCGGUGCCUAGGACGUGGACCUACACCUUCAAAGCUAUUGAAAAUGUCCAAUACUCCAAAUUUAGCAGCGUCAAAUUCUGAAGUUGUUGAGCUAAAGUCACAAGUUUCAGGAUUGCAAAGUCAAGUCCAGAAUUUAGCAGGAAUGAUCCAACAAUUAGUUGGUGCUACUACUAUUCAGACUAAUGGAGCGGUGCCAAAUUUAGCUGGUGUUCUGUCAAACUUGGCCAAUCAACCAAAUUUUGCUGAUAUUUUAUCAAAUUUGGUCAAUCAACAAAACUCUGAGGCAACCCAAAACAGAGAUCAUCUGGAUUAG